UGGGAGAUGAGCCGCUUAGAAGCAGCCGCUCGCGGAAGCGUCGGAUUUGGGUCUCCCCGGCUUUCCACACUGACUCAGCUCUGCAAUGCAAAGUAGGAAGUAGAGUGUUGGUGGGCAUCCCUGUUUUGUCACCUCCUCAUAAAAUACACCUGCUGUUGUGUCUGGUGUUAAGAGCUUUCCCGGAGGUCCUGAGUCUUCAGAAGCAAAAGACUCACAUGUGGUGGGGGGGAGUCAUGGGCUCUGGCUCUCAGUGUUGCUGACAGCACACUUGAUUGAAGACUGAGAUUGCUGAAGAGAAAGUUGAAUAGAUCUAGAGGACGCAAAGGCAGAGCAUCCCAGUCGUCAGCUCUUUCCCACGCACAGAAGAUGAUCCAGGCCCAGGAAGUACUCAUGUUUGACGACGUGGCUGUGAGGUUCACCUGGGAGGAGUGGCAGCUCCUGAACCCUGCCCAGAAGGCCCUGUACCGGGACGUGAUGCUGGAGAACUACCGCAGCCUGGUGUCCGUGGGAUGGCGAGCCAGCAAACCAGAUCUACUCUCCCAGUUGGAACGAGGAGAACCGUGGACCAUAGAAGGUGAAAACCACUGUGGAACCCCGCCAGAAAUCUGGAAAGCUGACGGUGUGCUGGAGCAUUUACAGAAUGGAAGCGUCAUGAACAGAAUGGAACAGCACAAGCAGAGUGCAUUUAAAGAUGUUCACUGGAGCAGAACUCCGCUUUUGUUAAGGAAAAAUCCUGAUACAUUCGACUUACAUGGAAAGACAUUGAAAUCAGAUUCAGGAUGUGCUGGCCAGAGCAGAAGCAAUGAGAGAGAGAACCCUGCCGAGGUUCCUGGAAAUGGGGACGCCUUCCUGCCUGCUGGUCAGAGGCAGUUCCACACAGAACCGGCAUCCGCUGCAAGCCCAAAAAGCGUCAGCACGAAGUCCCAGCUCGUCAGUUCUAAGCAUGGCUCAGCACACACAAAGAAACCGCACAUCUGCAGCGACUGCGGCAAAGCCUUCACUAAGAAGUCUGGGCUCGCGGGGCAUCAGGUCACUCACACGGGAGAGAAGCCGCACGGGUGUGGGCUCUGUGGGAAAGCCUUCUCCAGGAAGUACAUGCUCACGGAGCAUCAGAGAAUCCACACGGGAGAGAGACCGUAUGAAUGCACUGAGUGUGGCAAAGCCUUUCUCAAGAAGUCCCGGCUCAGCCUACACCAGAAAACGCAUACAGGGGAGAAGACCUACAUGUGCAGCGAGUGUGGGAAAGGCUUCAUCCAGAAAGGAAAUCUCACCGUCCAUCAGCGAAUCCACACGGGCGAGAAGCCAUACACGUGUAGCGACUGUGGCAAAGGCUUCAUCCAGAAGACGUGCCUGAUCGCACAUCAGAGGUUCCACACGGGAAAGGCGCCUUUUGUGUGCAGCGAAUGUGGCAGAUCCUGUUCUCAGAAGUCAAGCCUCAUUAGACACCAAAGAAUUCACACCAGAGAGAAGCCCUUUGAAUGUGCUCAGUGUGGGAAAGCCUUUAUUUCAAGGCAAAAACUCAUUGUCCAUCAAAAAACUCACUCGGGACAGAGACUCUAUGGUUGUAAUCAAUGUGGGAAAGCCUUCGCGUACAUGUCUUUCCUUGUUCAGCAUAAGAGAGUACACACAGGGGGUACCCAGGGACAUGCAGGGAAGGGGGAAAAUCCUGCAGAGAGGCCCAGCCCACAGCCUACUCGAGAUGUUGUGCAGGGAAAAAGCCCUGGUCACCCAGUGAUGCCACAGGUGCCUUCUGUAGCCCCUCAUACAUCAAUAAAUGUCAGUGGCCUUCCAGCAAAUAGGAAUGGAGUUGUUGUGUGGCAGCCUGGGGGCAGGUGUGUACCCUCGGGAGGUAGCAGUGGAUUUGCACAGGGAGGAAACCUGAUGAAUACAGUGAGUGUGGUGGUGCCUUCGGUGAUCAAUUUCAUCUUAUUUUAUGUUACAGCAAACCCUUAGGAAGAGGCUCAGGUGCAUUCUAAUCAGAAAAGAGCAAAAAUGUUGUUCGUUGUAUGGCUGUAAAGUAUAUAGAGAAACUAUAACGCAGAGACUGGGGGAGUCUGAUGUAGGCGCCUGUUUAAAUAUACGCUUCAUCGCAGGCAUACUGACGUUGAUUGCCCAGUCCUAUACAUUGUCAUCACAUUUGUGUCAAUUAAAUGCGUGAAGGAAGCCUGA